AAAGAUUCCAGAAUUAUGGAGCAGUGUGACUCACGGAGCCUUGGAAUCUUAGAGUGGAAUGUAGAUGGGAACAAACAAGGCCCUUCUGAGAAGGCCUGUCUUCUUGCCCUGUGGCUGGGCAGGGAGUCCAGAGGGGCGGAAUUAAAUCAGCAAUUUGAUGCCAGUUCCCCCGAGGGCCUCAAAGGACCUCCGCUUGAGGACUCAGCAUUUGACUUUGUAAACAGUAAACUCCAGGGCGGGGAGUUCGAGCCGCCGCGCCCGGCCGCGGGCGAUGAUCGUCUAGGAGGCUGGCGCGGGCGGGCGCGAGCGGAGGAGGAGCCGGCGCAGGGACACGCGGCUAUGGAGCGGGAGCCGGCGGCGGCCGAGGAGCCCGCGCCCCCGGGGCGGCGGUGGCGGUGGCGGCGACGGCGGCGCCGGGAGGGCAGGAAGCGCACGGUGCGCUCCAACCUGAUGCCGCCACCGGGUGCUGAGGACACCGCGGCAGGAGCGGCCAAGGGCGCGCGGCGGCGGCAGUGCGGGGGCGCCCAGCACCUGGCGGACAACCGGCUCAAGACCACCAAGUACACUCUACUAUCCUUCCUGCCCAAGAACCUGUUCGAGCAGUUCCACCGCGUGGCCAACGUGUACUUCGUCUUCAUCGCGAUGCUCAACUUUGUGCCAGCGGUGAACGCCUUCCAGCCUGGCCUGACGCUGGCGCCCGUGCUGUUCAUCCUGGCCGUCACGGCCUUCAAGGACCUGUGGGAGGACUACAGCCGCCACCGCUCGGACCACGAGAUCAACCACCUGGGUUGUCUCGUGUUCAGCAGGGAAAAAAAGCAGUAUGUGAACCGAUUCUGGAAAGAAAUCCACGUGGGAGAUUUUGUGCGUCUUCGCUGCAACGAGAUCAUCCCUGCGGACAUUCUGCUGCUCUCCUCCAGCGACCCCGAUGGGCUGUGCCACAUUGAGACUGCCAACCUAGACGGAGAGACCAACCUGAAGCGGCGGCAGGUGGUCCGCGGCUUCUCUGAGCAUGUCUCUGAAUUCAAUCCUUUGACCUUCACCAGCGUAAUCGAGUGUGAGAAGCCAAACAACGACCUGACUAGGUUUCGUGGUUGCAUCAUACACGAUAAUGGGAAGAAGGCUGGGCUGUACAAAGAAAACCUGUUGCUGCGAGGCUGCACCAUCCGAAACACAGAGGCCGUUGUCGGCAUCGUCAUCUACGCGGGACACGAAACCAAGGCUCUGCUGAAUAACAGCGGGCCCCGCUACAAGCGCAGCCAGCUUGAGAGGCAGAUGAACUGCGAUGUGCUCUGGUGUGUCCUCCUCCUUGUUUUUAUGUCUCUGUUCUCAGCGAUUGGACACGGACUAUGGGUGUGGCGGUACAAAGAGAAGAAGUCAUUGUUCGAUGUUCCCGAGUCUGAUGGGAGCUCUUUGUCCCCAGUCACAGCUGCAGUGUACUCAUUUUUGACCAUGAUAAUAGUUCUGCAGGUUUUGAUCCCAAUUUCCUUAUAUGUUUCCAUUGAAAUUGUGAAAGUCUGCCAAGUGUACUUCAUUAACCAGGAUGUAGAGUUGUACGAUGAAGAAACAGACUCACAGCUGCAGUGUCGAGCUCUGAACAUCACGGAAGACUUAGGGCAGAUACAGUACAUCUUCUCAGAUAAAACGGGCACUUUAACUGAGAAUAAGAUGGUUUUCCGAAGAUGCACUGUGUCUGGUAUAGAAUAUUCUCAUGAUGCAAAUGCCCGGCGUCUAGCCAAGUACCAGGAGGCGGACUCUGAGGAGGAAGAGAUGGUGCCCAGAGGGAGCUCGCUGCCCCAGCGCGGCAGCAUUGGGAGCCACCAGAGUGUCCACAUCAUGCACAGGAUCCAGAGCACCAAGACGCACCGGCGCACGGGCAGCCGGGCGGAGGCCAAGCGGGCCAGCAUGCUGUCCAAGCACACGGCCUUCAGUAGUCCCAUGGAGAAAGACAUUGCACCUGACCCAAAGCUGUUUGAGAAGGUGAGUGAGUGUGACAGGUGCCUGGCCGUCGCUAGGCACCAGGAGCACCCACUGGCCCACCUCUCGCCAGAGCUGUCUGAUGUUUUCGACUUCUUCAUUGCACUCACCAUCUGCAACACAGUGGUUGUCACAUCCCCGGAUCAGCCACGACAAAAGGUGAGGGGGAGGUUUGAGCUGAAGUCCCCGGUAAAGACAAUAGAAGACUUCCUCCGGAGGUUCACACCCAGCCGCCUGACCUCGGGCAGCAGCAGCAUUGGGAGCCUGGCCACCAAGUCCACCCAUAAGUCGGGGUCCAGCUUUCUGUCCACCCUGUCCAACAAUAGCACGCUGCUCAGACUGGAGGAGAGGUUGGGCCAGCCCACGCCAGCCAUCACCAGCAAUGGCUACAGCAGCGGGGCUGAGGGCUGGUCUCCGGAGCCGGCCGCUCGGGAGCAGGAGCCGGAGAGGGAGCUAGAGCAGGCACAGGAGCAAGAGCAGGAGCUGCGCUAUGAGGCCGAGAGCCCUGAUGAGGCUGCGCUCGUGUAUGCCGCCAGGGCCUACAACUGCGCGCUGGCGGACCGGCUGCAUGACCAGGUGUCCGUGGAACUUCCCCACCUGGGCAGGCUCACCUUCGAGCUCCUGCAUACACUGGGUUUUGACUCCAUCCGCAAGAGGAUGUCGGUGGUGAUUCGGCACCCGCUCACGGACGAGAUCUACGUCUACACCAAGGGGGCGGACUCCGUGAUUAUGGACCUGCUGCUGCCCUGCUCCUCAGACGAUGCCAGAGGAAGGCAUCAAAAGAAAAUCCAAAGCAUGACUCAGAAUUACCUGAACCUGUAUGCGGUGGAAGGCCUGCGCACCUUGUGCAUCGCCAAGAGGGUUCUGAGUAAGGAAGAGUAUGCCUGUUGGUUGCAAAGCCACCUGGAAGCAGAAUCCUCCCUGGACAACCGUGAGGAGCUCCUCUUUCAGUCUGCCAUCCGCCUGGAGACGAAUCUGCAUCUGCUGGGUGCCACUGGGAUUGAAGACCGCCUACAGGAUGGAGUCCCCGAAACCAUUACUAAAUUGCGUCAAGCAGGACUUCAGAUUUGGGUUCUCACCGGUGACAAACAAGAAACAGCCAUUAACAUUGCGUACGCCUGCAAACUUCUGGACCAUGAUGAGGACAUCAUCACCCUGAAUGCUGAAUCCCGGGAGGCAUGCGCAGCCCUGCUGGACCAGUGCCUACACUACGUGCGGUCCACAAGCCCCUGCAGCACUCCUGAGAAGACUAUGGACAACAUGAGCGUGGGAUUCUCCCCUCUCGGCGCCCCCUCCACGUCUACCACUUCUGACCCCAGCCCAAGCCUUGUGAUUGAUGGGAGAAGUCUGGCCUAUGCCCUUGAGAAAAAUCUAGAGGAUAAAUUUCUUUUCCUCGCUAAGCAGUGCCGGUCAGUCCUUUGCUGUCGGUCGACACCCCUGCAGAAGAGCAUGGUGGUGAAGCUGGUCAGAAGCAAGCUCAAGGCCAUGACUCUGGCCAUAGGAGACGGAGCCAAUGAUGUCAGCAUGAUCCAGGUGGCAGAUGUGGGUGUGGGAAUCUCAGGCCAGGAGGGCAUGCAGGCAGUGAUGGCCAGCGACUUUGCAGUGCCGAGAUUCCGAUACCUCCAGAGACUCUUAAUUGUUCACGGACAUUGGUGCUAUUCCCGACUUGCCAACAUGGUGCUGUAUUUCUUCUACAAAAACACAAUGUUCGUGGGCCUCCUGUUUUGGUUCCAGUUUUACUGUGGCUUCUCUGCAUCCACCAUGAUUGACCAGUGGUAUCUGAUCCUCUUUAAUCUGCUCUUCUCAUCGCUUCCCCAGCUCGUGACUGGGGUGCUGGACAAGGACGUGCCAGCCUAUGUGCUGCUGACUGAGCCACAGCUCUAUAGGAGUGGCCAGCACAUGGAGGAAUAUCGGCCGCGUACAUUCUGGUUGAACAUGGCCGACGCUGCCUUCCAGAGCCUGGUGUGCUUUUUCGUUCCUUACCUGGCCUACUACGACUCAGACACAGACGUGUUCACCUGGGGGACCCUCAUCACGGCGAUCGCACUGUUCACCUUCCUGCUGCACCUGGGUAUUGAAACCAAGACAUGGACCUGGCUCAACUGGACAGCCUGUGGCCUCAGUAUCCUUCUAUUUUUCACUGUGGCUUUGAUUUACAAUGCUUCGUGUGCAACUUGUUAUCCUCCGUCCAACCCUUAUUGGACAAUGCAAAUAUUAAUGGGCGACCCCAUGUUUUACUUGACUUGUCUCCUAACGUCUGUCACCGCGCUGCUGCCCAGAUUGUUUUUCAAAGCCCUGCAGGGGAGCCUUUUCCCCACCCAACUUCAGCUGGGACGCCAGUUCACCAAGAAGUCCCCCAAGAAAUUCAAUGCUCCCAAAGAGACCUUUGCUCAGGGACAUCUCCCAGGAGAAAUGAGAACUGAACCGGCGGAACAGAAGAGCGUUAGUACCUCUGGACCCCUCUCCCAGGACUGCACCUUGCCGGUGUCUUGGCACACGCAACAGCCAUCCUGCUCCCCAGAGGCCAGCGGGGAGCCCAGCACAGUGGACAUGGGCGUACCUUUGAGGGAGGACACCCUGCUGGCGGGACUGAGCAGUCAGACCCCAGGGUCCUCCAUGCCAGAAGAGGCUGUCUUGGAAGGGUGUCCUGGGGACUCCAAGAGAAAACCCACCAGCACCAGUAGGACAACCCUCCUGUCGUCCAUCUUCAACCUGCCUACCUUCAGCUCACUCAACUGGAUUUCCUCCCUCUCAUUGGUCAGCAGGCUGGGAAGUGUCUUACAGUUCUCCCGAGGUAGUUUACAGAUGGACAAGCAGGACAGCGAAUUCUUGCCCAGCGCCCCUCAGCCAGAACAGGACCUUAAACGGGCAGACCACGGACUACUUCUAGGAGCAUCUUCCAGGGACUGCAGCUGACAGCAGCCACUGUGAAAACCUUGAAAUGGCCUUUUUUAUAACAUAGAUGGUUUAUUAUUUGCACAGAAGAGUUCUAGUGAGAUGUAUUUUAUAUGUUUCAAAGGCUAACACGGGAAACAAAAGGUACCAAAAAAGAAAGUAUACUUUUUAAAAGUUCUAAGUAGAGUAUAUUGGAAAGAAAAAUAAGAACUUUAACAUACAUAAAGUUUAAAGAAGAGUGACACUUGAAAAGUGUGUUUAGAUUUAUUUUUUCAUCUCAUUUUAUAAGAAAAUGCAGUAUGAUUGGUUUUCUACAACAUGCGUGACCUUUGCUUUCCCCAUGUGUAAAUGUGUGUGUGAGCACCAGGAACCUGGGUGGGUGUGGACAGCAGUGAGGGGAGGUGACAGAGGGGCAAGCAUGUGGCCCCCAACAGCAGACCCCCCCCCAGUCUGUCUCCCGAUUCUGCUACCUUGGGAGAGCGGGGGCUCCAUUUCCCCCAGAAAAUUGAAAAUGAGAACUCAAGAAAAACACAUACAUGAAGUUCAUUCCACCAUUCAAUUUGACACAGGCAUUUCAUAAAGAUCGCCUUGUGGGUAUUAUGGUUCCUGUGUAGAGUCUUGCUUGUCAAAAUCCUAACAAUAAACAACUUCACUUAACAAAGA